UUGAGUAAAAGUGAAGCCGCGGAUGCCAGCACGUAGUGGCCAGCGAAUUUAUUUGGCGGAAUUGAAGCAGUUGAGAAAGUUGAACUUUACAUUAAAUAGUAGUUACUAGCAUACAGGAAGACAAAUAUAAUUAAACGUUACGCCCUUUUGGCUCCGUGGAGCUAAACGUGAUCGUAGUCCCAGAAACUAAAUCCUUAUUUUUGUUUUUCAGACCUUUUGUGUGGUCUUUGGCUGUCUUCCUAUCAUUGCCCUUAUAAUCUGUUAAUUAUUAAAUUUUUAUCAUUCGUUUUCUCGGUCACUCCACCACGGUUUAUCUCCGUUUUGUUUUUAAAUUAAAUACGUUUUGCUACUCGGAUGUUACACGGCUGAAUUAUCAACUGAGGAAAAGUGAGAAGCAGUCCCAAGAGCCUCAGACUUCCAGGGGCCCCCAAACGCACCCCAGCGUGGUUUACAGGAGGAAAUGGACAGGUGUAAAUAAGAAAAUGAACAGUGACUGGAUUCCCCGUGGCCGUAAAACCUUAAUAUAAAACAUCUUAUUUUAAUAUUCUCUGAAUAUCCACCAUUAACAUUUAUCCGUCUUAAAGAGGCUCCAGCUUUGGCAUUUUGUUGAAAGUCUAUUUUUACAGGCUUCAUUAUUUCAGGGUGCAUUUCCCCUAAAUUAAUUACUGUUUAAUCCAAUCUCAGCCAAGCAAACCAAGUAAUAUGUUUGGAUUUAGAUACACAAAUAAACAGGGAGAGAGAGGAACUGAUACUAAAUUUUUGGCUCCCCCUCCUCCCACCAGCCCAAAACAGGUCGGUCUGGUAGCGGCUAAGCCCUUAAACCAAUGAUACAUUGUUCCAGUAUUUAUAGUAACGUUAUUGAUCUCCACGAGGAAUAUUUAGCCCGUGCUUGUAGGUGUGGGAAACAUCAAUGAAGUCUUUCUCAAUAGACUGGGCGGAAAUAGGCCACAUAAACAUUUCCUAUGCUCUCUAAACCGUUCGAGUAGAAAUGUGCUGCUUUGUUUUUGUAGACUUAAUGCUGUCAAGUAGCCGUGACUGAAACGAAUGCAGUUUAAUGAAAGAGCGGCGCAGUGAAUCCUGAAGGUCACAGCGUUCAGCUUCUGUUUUAUGGAAAUGAUGGAGGAUUCCCAUUUUAAUUCAUCGUAUUUCUGGUCUCCUGUUCCCACUGUGCCAGGACAGAUUGAGAAUGCCAUGUUCCUAAACAAGGUGAAAGAGCAACAGGAAAAGUGUGCUUCCUUCUCUUCUUCUUCUGCGUCCCACUACCAGACAGCUCUUCUCACCAUCCCCACCCCUGGGGGCAAGACAGAUGGAGGAGGACAGGCUGGUAGCGUGGCACACCUCCACCCUCCUCACAGCACCCAGAACAUCACAGUGUUGCCUGUCCCCUCCACAGGCAUCAUGACAGCAGCUGGUCUGGUCAUCACGACUCCUCAGGGAACUCUAGUCUCUCCCACCUCCUCUCAGUCAUUUGUCUCUGGUCAUCCAGCAACAACCAUGAUCGUUUCAGCGCUCCAUUCUUCAGACAAAAAAGAAGGGGAUGGGACAUCCCACGUGGUCGUGAUGCCAACACCCUCCAAGAGAGGCAGAAAGAAGAAGACCACAUUGUCAAGGGUCGGUCCUCUGGGUGGACCAGGAAACGAGACACUAAUACUGGCUCAGCUCACGGCCGGGGGCCAGGUGGCGUCUUUGCAGCAUCAUGCUGGAGACCCAUAUGAUCUGUCCAAUGAAGACGAAGACCACGGCCCAAAAGACAGCACUAAAACAUACAGGUGCCGGAUGUGUGCGGCGACCUUCUUCAGUAAGUCUGACAUGCAGAUCCACUCCAAGUCGCACACAGAGGCCAAACCUCACAAGUGUCCUCACUGCGCCAAGUCAUUCGCCAACUCCAGCUACCUGGCCCAGCACAUCCGCAUCCACAGCGGGGCCAAGCCUUACACCUGCUCCUACUGCCAGAAAUCUUUCAGGCAGCUCAGUCACUUACAGCAGCACACACGGAACCACACAGAGUCAAAGCCUCACAAGUGUCCCCACUGUACCAAGUCAUUUGCCAACUCUAGCUACUUGGCCCAACAUAUCCGCAUCCACACUGGAGUGAAACCCUACACCUGCUCCUAUUGCCAAAAGUGCUUCAGACAGCUCAGUCACCUUCAGCAGCACAGCAGGAUUCACACUGGAGACCGACCAUACAAGUGCGCCCACCCAGGCUGUGAGAAAUCCUUCACGCAGCUCUCAAAUUUACAGUCCCAUCGUCGUCAACACAACAAAGACAAGCCCUACAAGUGCACCAACUGCAAUAAAGGAUACAUAGAUGCCGCAAGCCUGGAGGUGCACAUGUCCACCCACACAGUCAAACACGCCAGGAUCUACUCAUGUGGUCUCUGCAACCGUACUUAUACCUCAGUAAGACAAAUGUCCAUUUCUGAAGAGCAUUUCUACAUGAAACAUUAUGAAUCGCCUCACUGGCAUCAGACACCUGGCAGCUACUUUACACCGUGUAGUCAUGUGUCCACUGUUUCCCCUCUACCUAUCCUCCCCUCAUCUCAGGAGACGUAUCUGGUGAAACACAUGGAGAAACACAAUCCAGACCAGUUGACUGCAACAGCAGUUGCGGCAGCACAGCCGGCACAACAGAACCAAAGCCAGGGCCAGGGUCAGGCUGGAGCUCAGAGCCGGGUAGAGAGAGCAGAUGGAGGAUCAACCCGUCCUGGGGGAGCUGGGAGCAGAGCAGAAGGUGGUGGCCAACAGGGACAGAGUAACUACCCUCAGUCAGAAACCAUCUCCUGUCCAUUUGACCUGCAUCAGUACAAGACAGUGUCUCCCGGUGACAUCCAGUACAAGCCAGUCAGUGUGGCUGACAUUACUUCCCACAAGGACCUCUGUCUCACUGUGUCAGCAUCCACCAUUCAAGUGGAACACCUCAACUCUUAGAGGUGAUGACAGGAGGGAGUGUGGGAAGUGGGGCAGUAAGAAUUUAUCCAAGAUAACAGAAAAUGGAAGAUGGAAAGUCGAAGAAUUAAAGCAAUACUAAGAUGAUGAAGAAACGUUGGAACUUGUGACUGUGCCUGAAACCAGUUUUUAGGCAGACUCGAUAAGUGAUAUGAUGAGACAGCAUACGGAAGAUAAUUUUGUUAGUUUUUAUUUUUAAAGUUUGUCUCUUUUUUCCUUCUGCCUUGUUUGAUUUUUUUCCCCUUUUGCUUAAUUGCCCCGUCCGAGUAAAAAAUGCAUGUAAAGGCUGCAAUAAAGUGUUUCAGUCCAUCACAGUGAUGGUUUUAUGAUAGGAAGCAUCUAAACGACAGUGCUUCUCUUUAUUGUUCUCACCUCCUGCUCUUCCCUAAAAAUACAAUUCUGGCCACAGGACUUUAUGGCCUUUCUGUUGAUGAAAUUGGUAGUUUGGUGUGAAGGUAAAUUUUUAUACUUUCAUACAGAGACUUUCAGUUUUUACAUCAGUAUUAUUACCUCCGCUAUGUUGUAACAUACAUGCCUGUGAUCUUUUCAACCUUAAAAGGGACUUAGAGGUUAUUUCCUUUCGGGAAAGAAAAAAAAAUAGCAAUCAAGUAUAUACAGAUAUAUAUACAACCAGUUUAUAAAGUAUGAGUGUGUGUUUAAAGGAUGUGGUCAUCUGCAAAACAUAUUUAGACCUAUUUGCAGGCCUUGACAUGACAUUUGGCGGAAUGAGUCGGUUCAUGUUUCAUGUAAUCCUAUUGUACUGCUUUGUGUGUAUGUCCUUAAAGUAAUGUUAUCCAAAUGUGCUCUUGCUAUUUUACUUCCACUGUAAUGUUUAUAAUACUUUAUAGACAUAUUGACACAUCUGAUCUAAUAUGUGUGUUUUUUCUGCUUAUGAUACAAUAAACCCUCUGAAAUGUU